UAAACACAUUUUUUUAGUGAACCAGAUAAAAAAUUAUUUAGUAAUGUCUAUUUUGAUCAACUCCAUGCAGUUUGGAUGUGAAAGCUCUUAAGUAAAGCUUCUAUCACAAAAACUAACCUUUAUCACCUAUUUCUAAUGGUUGUUGCGAUAUUAAGUCUUAUGAACUCUCAUGCAACUUUGCUGCUUUUGUAGUUGACGUGAUUAAAUUAUUUAAACUAGUUACCGUACUAUCUUUAAUAUUUUAAAGAUACUUAUUAUGUGGACAAAGUCUGAUUAGAUGUUAAAUAUUUAAUAGAUUUAGGAAGGGGUUGGUGUUGGGUCUUUCUUAAUGAAAGAUUGAUUAACAAUUUUAUUUGAAAAUUGAGAUAUAAAAAAAUAUAUUUAUAAGUUUUCAAAAAAGUAACGAAGUAUAUCAUUGGAAUUGCUGUUCACCAAGCUUUGAUCCAAACUAUUCUUUUUUUCCUGUAUUUCACUGUUAAUAAGUAUUCAUCAUCAUGAACAGCUACUCUAUCCAUCGUCGAAUGUAAGCUUUCCUUAGAUAUGUCCAUUUAAUUAUGUUUGUUGUUUUUUGCAUUCAUUCGUGACCAGCCAGUCGCUUGAUGUCAUAAGUCCAUCUGGUUUGAGGCCUGCCUAUAUUUCUCUUGUUUGCUUUUGGUCGCCAUUCAAUAAUUCGCUUUGUUAAACGGUUGUCUUUUAUUCUUCCUAUAUCGCCUCCCCAGGAGAUUUUUGAUUCAGAUUAAGAAUCUUCUGAUGAUGGUGCUGCUUUUGGUCUCAGUUUUUUAUUUUGGACUCCACUGGGCUCCGGUAGUUCAUCUAGGGGAACUGGUGUUGGCGAUGAUGUUCAAUAUGUAUCCGGCACAGAAGACACAUUAUCUUGAUAUUGUUUAACUACUGGUAUAAAUAUUAAUUCUUCUUCACAAAAAACAUCAGGAUUAAAAGCAAAGAUCCCUGUGGUUCGAAAACCAUUUACAGCCUUCUCAAUAGCGCAGCCUUACUAAUGACAUUUUUAACAAGUUCCGCAACGUCUAUUGUAUUGAUUUUCUCAUAUUUUUUUUUUGUUUUAUAUACUCGUCACAUUCUUGGUAGUAAGCUGUUUUGAAUGGAGAAAAAAACGUUAUAUUUAGAGGUUUGAGAUGGUGGAAGGCAUGCGGUUUAUCGGUGUAUCAUAUGUAUGUAUCCGAACCAGAUAAGUUGUUUUGUUGUUAAGUCAUCUGUGAUUGUUUGUUUGAUUCCCAAUAUUUCUCUAAUGCGUUCAUUGGUAAUCCUUUCUCUUCUAGAUCUUCCUGCGGCACUUCUCAAAAAAUCAAUUUCCUUCGCUUUCAGCGUUGCCAAUGUUCUUUCUUUCAGUGGCCAUACCUCACAGCUGUAUAAAGUGAUACUUUUUACUAUAGUCUCAUAUAUCCUCUUUUUAUUUUCUUUGCUGAUGGAUUGGUCCAAUAAUAUGCUGAUUUACAUUGUGAUGGCUUUUCUCCCUGGCGCAUUGCUCUCUCUUAUGGCUUUGUCUAAUGUUCCAUCUUGUGAAAUAGUGUUUUUUGUGUUACUUUUUGAAAACAAUUAUUUUUGUGUUGAAAAUUCAAAAAGUGAAAUCAUUCAAAAAUGAUUUCACUUUUCUGGACUAUAUUUUCGAAAAGAAAAUUUAACCAACAAACAGAUGUAUAAUGGCAUUCUCAAUUUUAAUUUUUUUUAUUAAAAAUCCAAACAAAACGAAACCUUAGCUAAUAACAUGUAUAUUAUUAUAGUUAUUUGUGGAUUUUUUAUUUUUUGUGGCGUCGUCGUUUAUACAUGGG